AUGUAUUACGACCCGGAGGCGAACAAACAUGGCGCCGAUUAUGGCCCUUUUGACAACACGAUGGCUUUUAGCGAUGUUUCUAUCCGCGCAGGUAAAUCUCCGUUAACACUGUCAACAUCUUCGACGGACAGUAAUUAUUUUCGUCUCAUCUUAUUACUGAGUGGGUAUGUUUUCUCUUUUUUGCAGGAUUCAUCCGAAAGGUAAGUUUUAUCUUGAAUUUGAAUUUCAAAACAGCUGAGCUAGGAACAAAAUUGUCGUUUUCACCUGCUCAGUCUUGAGCUGUGAGGUGACCUGUUUUCAGGGUUAAUAUGAUGUCUUAAAAUUUAUUUUCGCACCAGGAAGUUCAUUUGAGUUAAGUUUCAAUUUCAAGUUUUUCGUUCUCCUUAUUAAAAGUGAAAUAAAGAAAGUCUUACGUUGAGCUGUGAGCUUAACUCUUAUAUUCAGAGCCUAUGCUUUGGUCUUAGUUUGCAGCUAAGUCAUUCUGAAGGUUGAAGUAUUACCGUUUAUCAAAACAAUGAUAAGAUCCUGGAUAAAUUUUAAAGAUGGUAGCGUACCUAUAGAACCAAUAAUCUUUUCGUUGAUCUAUAUGCAGUGUAUGUGUGCAGUAAUUUUUAAUAAUUAUUUCAUUGUUACAACCUGGUUACAACUUAAGUAGGAUAGCUAUUCAGGGCAUAAAAAUGUUUUUUUAUAACUUUAAGCUUGAAAAGGCCCGAUGAAAAUGAACAGGCUAAUGCGCCCAAAAGAAUAAACAAAUUUUUCGAGAAUAAAAAUAUGAACGGGCCAUUGGUAAAGUCUUUGAAAACAGCCAUAUCUCCUCGAUCCUCACCGCUUCACUAGGAGGGACGUCUGCACCUCAGGAAAAGAAAUUUCACACUGAUGGCGUAAAAUCUGUCCAAAAUCUGGUCAGGAGCUCUGAUUGGUCAACAUAGUAGUUAUUAUUGUUUUAGCGAUUGAUAUACAAACAACGGUCAAAAAACUAAGACAAGCCGUUCCAAUUUUUGGCGCUAAAUUAUGGAGAUUCCAGGUAGAAUGAUAGAUGCAUCAAAAAAGUGUUUUAACAAAAAUUAAUCAGUGUGUUCUUUGAAAUAUUAAAAGACAAAGAUGAUUACCUUGAUGCAACCAUGAUAACACAAGAAAUAAAAUCGCGAACUUCUUUCACAGGUUGCAUUAAACAAUUGAUCUUUCUUGCCUUUUGAUAUUAUUACACAUAUUUCCUCUUUUCUUUUUCUUUGCUUUUUACUUAUAUUUAUCUGUAAUAUCUGAUUUGUAAAAGAACUAAUUUAGCACGCCUCAACUACCAUUACUUUACCAUAAUCGACCAGGAGAAACAUAAAAUCGAACAAAUUUUCAUUUGGAACUCCAUGACUGCUAGAUUAAUUAUGUAAAUGCAGAUGUCGCUCCUGGCAAAAAAUUAUGUCCCUAACGGCAAGGAGUGAUGAGAGUGGGCGGUUGACAGCUGUUUUCACAGGCUAGCCCAUUGGCUACUAGAUGAUUGUACUUCUUGGAAUAUGGAGACAAAAAAAUUGUCCUGAGAAAGGAGGUAGAAAGUUAUAUUCACGCUUGUCUCAUACAAAUAGGGUAUAUCCCCAAAGAUGGUUUACAUAUGCCACAUAAUGACAAAGCGACAUAAGCAGGGUGUUGUGUCCUUCUGUUUGUAGUGUGAACAUGGGCAUAACAACAUAAUAGCAACGUGAUGACUUGGACAUAACGACAUGAGGGCUUAAUAGAGAGGGGGGCUUAUUAACUUUCCUCCUCUGAAAAUGGGGGGGGUCUUAAUAGAGGAGUUAUGGUAAGUUCGGAUGUCAGCUUUCAGAGGGGCCACUGCCAGCUGCUGGUUUUUGGGUUGUUCACAUCCCUACCUAUGAAAAUAUAUGAACUUUGAAACUGCCACUCAAUUCUGCUGAGAUUUCUUUCAGGUUUAAGAACUGAUCACCUAAUCUAACCCUAAUCUAAUUGUCUUCAUUUGCUUUUGUUGUCAACCAUCUGAUUAAACUUUUUGCUUCAGCUGGAGUGCUCUGGAGCACUCAUGAAAACCAUUGUAAAUAUUGACACAAUUCAUGAUUUAAUGUUGUAGGUCUAUGCCAUACUUCUCUGUCAGUUGGCUGUCACAAUAGCAUUUAUCUGCUUCUUCUUGUAUUGGUAGGUUCAGAUAAAAAGAAAAAUUGCUUUUAAAAUGCAGCUUAUCAGAUGUUUUGUUCAGAUGUUUAUUGUCUGGUGGUUAAUAAGUCUAAGGGUUCUUUUGAUACAAGAUAUUCUGGAAAAGCUCCGUGUGCUGCCAAAAAAAUUUAUAAAAUUAUAAGGGGGCUUGAAGAAAAAUUGAAUUUCAGAACUACAAGCAGCUGGGCUCAAAUUUUGCUUGCCCAGGGCAGUUUCUUCACCCAUGUGUAAUGUCUUAGUUUAUCAUUUAGUUAGAAGAUGACUUAUAGCUGGGCCUUGUCCAUGGAGCAAGUGAACAUGAAAAGUUACUUGGCUGGCAGGAAAAUCUACUUGUCCAGGGUGAACUUUCAUCCGUCUCAGAUUUUCUUCUUGUGACCAAGAAAAUUGAGAUAAUUGGUAUGAGUUAAUUUUCAUAAAAAGAUAAUAUUAUUAUGUACUUCCAUUUUGAAACUAUUACUGAAUUUUAUAAGGAAAGUGCACCCUCGAGAGAGAUUUGGAUUUUAUUAGGUGAAGAUGGGGAAGAAGAGGAUGCUGGUGCAAGUAAUGGUUAACUCUUUGAUUGAAGAUGUAGAUGUUUUGAUCAAUAUAAUUCUGAAAUGUUUUAAUAAUUUAAUUUCCUUCUUGUUUUUUUUGUAGUGAGCCAGUGAAAGAAUAUGCUCUUAACCAUCCAGGAUUAUUUUAUGGGGCUAUGUAAGUAUAACCACCUGGUAAGCUCAGCUGGGUGAGCACCUGUCUGCUGAGUGGGAGGUUGCGGGCUCAAAUCCCGGCUAGACCAACACUCAGGGUGUUAAAAUAACUGAGAAGAAAGUGCUGCCUUUGUAAUGACAUCUGCGAAUGCUUGGAUGUAAAACCAAAGGUCCUGUCUCACAGCACUUUCAAUUGGUUUUUGUGGGACAUAAAAGAACCCACAGAGUCAGUUUCGUGUUGUAGAUACCAUAAUAAGAUUAUUCUAACUACCGGUAAUAAAGAUUUUAUUGUUAAUUUUAUUAUUUGUUGUUCUCACUAUUACUACAUAUUUGUUGUGAUAAUUAUAGUGAUAAAAAGGGAUUUUUGCGUUUUUUUAAUGCUGUACUCAGGGUUCUCAUUAAGUGCCGGCAGCUGGCUAAAAAACCGGCUACUUGGAGGUUUGAGCCGUCUACUUUUUGGGAAAAAAGGGUAAAGUGAGAGAGUGAAAGCCUGAAAUUGCUUACAAGACUCAAUUGGCAAGCCGCCUACGUUUACAUCCUAGCUGUCUACUUUAAAGCUUAAUGAGAACCUUGACUGACAGUACAAUGUAUGUAUGUUUUGGUCUUUUUUGUUUGUUUUAGAGCUGUUACCUUUGUCACCAUGAUAGCAAUGGCGUGCUGUGAAAGUGUUAGGUGGGUCCUCUGAGACAAGAUACAUUCUGAAACUGGUAGAAAAUACCUGACUUGUUUAUGUACUAUUAUAAUAGUUAUGUUACAUAGAUUUUCUUUUAAAAUUAAGUAAAUUUUAAUUAAGGUCAAACUGAAUGUUACUCUCAAUAUUUUUGAAAUUGAAAAUUCAGUUGAAAAUAUUUUCAGCCUAGUUUGAUAAUUUUGAUUGUCUCAUAGCCCUAAUGUUGUUAUUGUUAUUAUUAUUAUUAUUAUUAUUAUAAUUAUUAUUAUUAUUAUUAUUAUUAUUUAAAACCAUUUAAAUCCGAUUUUCUUUUUGAAGCACAAUGAUGUACAUUAAUUUUACUGUUUUUUCUUGGUAUUUGUAGGCGGAAUUUUCCAACUAACCUGAUCUUUCUGUCCAUUUUUGUAAGUAUUUCCUAGUAUAAUGUCUAAUAACUGGUUUAAUUUAAAUCAUAAGGUGGUAGAUCUGUCCCUUUACUUUUCAACAGUCAAAUGUUCUUACUAUGGACGCCAUACAGACAGAGUCAAGUGUCCACAUUAUUUAAGUGCAUGUAUGCCUGUUACAGCUGAGGUGGGAAUUGUAUAAAGCUUCACAGUGAGUUUGGGAAAUUUCAGGGAGGUCUUCAAAAUUUCACAGUUCAGCAUUAAAUUAACCAGUUAUCAAAAUAAUAGUAGUACUUAAUGAGAAGUAGUCACUAUCUCCUUUAUUGCAUAUUUUGUUAUUAAUUUAUUUUGAUAAUGUUAUUUAUGUGUUUUAAUAGACUCUUUGUGAAGGAUAUCUUCUUGGCGCUGUAUCAAGGUUAUAUUCUAUUAAUAAAUUAUAAACUGCACUUACUUUUUAACAAUUUUUUGUCAGGGAAAAUAUUGCUUCCUGCCCUCUUUGAAGGAAAUUCCAACAUUAAACUUACCUUCUAAUUUAUAGACUAUGAGUCCCUCUUUUACCCUUAGGGAUAGUAGAGCACUCGAAACGCGAGGGCACAUGAAAAUCACCCCACUUGAAAAAGGCGAGCCAUCGCAUCUUGCAUUUCUCACGUGGGGUGCUUUUUCAUGCGCGCUUGCAUUUUGCUUACUCUACUAUCCCUGAGGGAAAAUGAAAGACUACUCGUAGUCUACUCUUUAAUUCUAAUUUCAUCUUAAAUUCGACAGUGAAACCCCGCCUCAUGGCCACCACGUUAUUAUGGCCCUUUUUUUUUGCCGCCUGACAAAAACCACCAUACAUUGUCUUGUAAAAGGACCCUCAUUAAUAAAGCCACCCCAUUAAUACGGCCAAAUUUUUUUGGCCCUAUCGGUGAUUUUAUUAACAGGGUUCCACUGUGCUUUGAUUUCAUGUUAGAUCUACUGUCUUUGAUGAGCUUCAUUUUGUCUGUGCAUGUUAAAGUUGUAUCAUUGGGCAGUCAAAUACAGUUGUAUCCACGUUGUUGUGUUUUAUACUGUGUAAGGGAUUAUUGUUCCUUCAUCUUCAAAAAGCCCUGUUUUGUGUUUUUUAGUGUGUAUGACAAAGAUGAGGUUUUGAUGGCUGUGGGAAUUACUGCAGUAAGUUUUUCUUUAAUAAGAUGACUCUUGUUGAUUCUGUAUAAGCAAAUUCUUUUUUUAAAAAAGACUUGUCUAAAUGCCAUAAACUGGCUUUUCAGUUUUACAAAUGUAAUUUGAAUCGUUUUUUAAUUUAGUUUUUGUUUUACAGGUUGUUGUUCUGGCAAUCACCAUCUUUGCAUUUCAGACAAAGGUGAGGAAGUAACCGGCACAGUCCUUACAAUAAUGAUAAUGGUGGUGGUGUUUGUUGCCAUCCAGCGGCACAUCCCCAGUAGGUCCUUAUAAGGAAGUACCCCCUGGGCUGGCACCCAGGGUGAAACUCGUAAUGAUCUGUGAAGGAAAAACAAAGAGAGAGAUGGAUGUUUACAGAGUGUUUCUCCCUUAAUUGUUCUGUAUUUAAUUUCUUUCUGUUAUUAGUAUGACUUCACCAUGAUGGGAGGAAUCCUGUUUGUAGCUCUGAUUAUCCUCAUCUGCUUUGGAUUCCUGAUGAUCUUCUUCCAUAGCCGAGUAAGUACUAUAAUAAAGUGAGUCUAAAUUUUGUAAACGCGUAUACUUUAAAGCUUUACCGAUUGUUUCAUUUUCUUAUGUUUUUCCAGGUCCUGUCAAUUGUUUAUGCUUCACUUGGAGCACUGAUAUUUGCUGUGGUAAGAUUUGAAAGCGGUUGAAGACACUUAUCCGUAUAAUCAUAACUAUAACAAAAUUCUUAAAUCUGAUUGGCUAUCAACUGCCCUGAUUUCAGCCUUAAUAGGACAGUUAAAUAGGACAGUACGCGUCAUGCCUAAGUAAUUGGAUAGUACGCACCAUCACGCGCGCGCUUAAAUGGCUUUUUUUUUGUCACUGCUAGCAAAAAAAAUCUCGGAAUUUCUUGUGUUUUGAUUCAAAAAGGAGCCUCAUGUGUCACAAAUUUUGUUAAAGUUAUGAUUAAUUGGUAACAGAACUUCGUGUCGUCCAAUUCAGUCUGUAAUCAUACUCGUGAUUAAACAAAUGGGACUCCCGCUACGCGGUCGUCCAAUUUUGUUAAUAGGGACUUUAAGAUCCAACGACGCGACGGCGACAAGAACGUCGCUUAAAAAGUGAAUUUGGGCUCUUUCAGUCCUUAUAGCGAUUAUUCCUACCCACUUAAUUUAUCAAUUGUAGGCGAACCCUCCUGAAGCUGAAUUUCAAGGGACCAAAUUCAAGCUCAGAAAGAGAAAUAACGUUUCGUCGUUGCUUGUUUACGUCCUCCAUAAAACGCAAAAUUAGGCAUUUUCACGUCGUAGUCGUGCAAAAACGGGAAAGAAAUGUACAAAAAAGUGUGAUGCACGUGCGAAGUUGUUGUUUUGCUAAUUAAACCAAUUGUUUUUUUGACGUUCUCGUUGUCGUCCGCGUCGUUGGAUCUUAAAUUCCCUCAUCACUCGUAUGAUUACAGACCGAAUUGGACUCCACUCAGUCCUGUUACUGUUACUUAGCAGGGCAUUCGUACUAAGCGGGUCGAAUUUAGAGAAAAUGUAAGGACUUUGUUUCCCCGGGGACGAAGCAAACAAUAUUACAAAUGUAAUAUUCCUCGUUCUAGGAAAGGGGGCGAAGUGUAACCGGGGCGAAAUGACUUGGGGGCAAAAUGACUUGGAGGCGAAAUGACUUGGGGGCGAAAUGACCGGUAACCACUGAAAGAUGAGGGUGUCCGUAAAGCGGGAUUUGACUGUACUUAUGUGAAUUAAAAUAGAGGUGUAGCAGAUCACCCAGGCUGAAAUUUAGCCAAAUAGGCACCAUCUAAUCAAGUCUUAUCUACCAAACAACCAUUUCAUCGUGUUGCUGAAAAUUUACAUUUCAUACUUAACAGUUACUGGAAUAUUAUUCUAAGUUACGCCUGAUACUCAGGCUAUCCCUGAUUUAACUAGCCUGCGUCGCAGACACUCUAAAACGAAUUGCGGUCUGUUCGCCAACAUCUAAAGUCGAUUCGCCUAUACCCGUAGGCAAAACGACCGGUUACCUCUAAACCGCCUGUAUAGAGCGUACUAUACCAAUGGCCGAGUCCGAUGCGUGGGCCAGGUGCAACGCAGGCUGUGGUUCAUCGAGUACACCCUUUUCAGUCGGUCUGGUCGGAGCUUGACUGUCUAUUGGACGAGCCGAGCUCGUAGCGUGUUUGUUACUUGCUCGUAACAUUUUCAUAACAUUUUCGCAUGCUCGGCAAUCCCUAGGAACUGCUAGCAGUACUUACUUUUGCCCUCAAAAGCUUUCGCAGAUGAUUUUUUCUUCGCGGGACUUUUUGGGCGGAUCUUGUAAAAAAAUUACAAAGCUUGAACUGGCGAAAAUUAUUUAGUAGGAAAAUUCUCUGUUAUUUAUUUGGUUACCUUUCAGUACCUCGUGUAUGACACACAGAUCAUGAUGGGAGGGGGGAAAAUGUACGCUAUUUCCCCAGAAGAGUACAUCUUUGCCGCGCUGAACCUCUACCUGGAUAUCGUCAACUUGUUCUUGUACAUCCUCCAGUUAAUUUCAGCUGCAAGAAACUAAAGGACUCUACGUAUUAAGGGGUGUAGAACGAUCUGAGGGAGCGUAGAUAGUCCGCACUGAAAAGUGAAAAAGAUCUGUUGCAGCCCCAAAGUGUCAAUUGAGCCCUGCAGGACAAAGUCCUAUUCAGUCUCUCUUGGAGGUAUUCGAGCACAAUUUAGAAUGAAACAGCCCCAUCAAAAACUUAUUCCAGCCCCCACGGGGACUCAUUUCAACCCUUGUGUCCAAGUCAGCCCUAGGUAAUUGGAAGGUAUUGUCCCUGAUUAAGGAAGCCACAUCAGAACCCAAAAAAGAGGACUCUAUUUUAAUCACCGAAACUUCUCAAGUUUUAGGGCUGAAACAGAUCUCUCUGAUUUACAGUGAUAAAUGACUAAGAACUGCCUAACUGCCCAUAUAUUACAGAAGUCAAGUGUUUUUCGUAAAGAAACUUUUUUUUCUACAUAAAAUGCUUUGAUCCCUCUCUCUUUCCCCUAGAGCAAUAUUAAGAAGCAUAUUAUAAAUGCCGAACAUUUGAAUGAAUGGCAGAAUAAGUAAGAAUAAAUAAGACAACAAUGUAGUGUCGCAAAUGAGACGCUCGAGUUUCAAAGAAGUGGUCGCGUACUCUGAUAUUUAGCCCCCACCAUUUACAUGGAAAAACCAGUCGGUUCACGGUUGAGGCAAACAAUGAGCAAAAUUCAGGUAAUGAAGGAUGGUAAAUUCCAUCGGGAACAGCGUUUGUCAUUCGCUGAAAUCAGUCCCAUUUACCAAAAAUUAACGAACGGAUACUAAAUCCUGAAACUGGAAUCAAAGAUGGCUCUGAAGAAAUGAACCUGAACAUGAACUUCCGUUCGGAACAUUUUAAACCAGAAAAACAGGACUACCUUUUCAGAUGUUCCUUUUCAGUUGGGACGACCUUAAAAGUCGUGAUUCAGUAACUUUCCAACCGGAUUUUCCGAAAACUUAUUUGUAGAUGAAUAAAAGUGAUCUAUACCUUUUAAGACUUUCCGCGUUUAUUUUGGAAUUUUUUUAUGGGAGCGACCAGAACAGGUGUGCUCCACUUACUUUCUAACCGGAUUUUCUGGAAACAUUUUGUAAAUGGUGUACAACGGUUAGGUGCCUUUUAUACUGGAAGAUCCCCUCUUGUAAUAGGACACGUCUUCAUUCUGUUCAUUGUCCUCGUGUAAAUGGCAUAAAUAUGUGUUAUUUCAACGUAUACGUUAUCUUCAUGCCGAUUGAUGGUCUUGCUUCUUGUACAAAUAUUGAUCACCUCAUGGCAUUACGCUCGUCUUAAGGCUAAUUCCUGCUUACUGUAUCACGGGUACAUAUAAGGACAUUUAAAAGAGUCACGAUAUUAAAAAGGAGAAGUCGUUACGUCACGUUGCCAUGGUAGCAACAUUUCUGGAUGACAACAAACCGAAAACGUCAUUCAAAAGGUGAAUUCGCACUGUUUCAAACUUCAUCGAUCUUAUUCAGUUUCCUUCAAUUUGUCAAAUGUUGGCGAAAUUUUGUGGAUCCGAAAGGACCGUAUUUAAAUUAAGAAAAAGAACAUUUUUGUGCUGUGUUCGCCCGCUCCAUAAAGCGGGCGCGUGAAAUUUACAGAAAACAGGUCAAGCGUACCCCCAAGAUUCUAUUAAUGAAUUGAUUAUUUGAAAAAUGAAUCCGUUAGUCGUUCCCGUAACUGGUGUCAAAUUCAAAGCGGCAUUUCUGCAUGCGUAAUGAGCAGUGAAUAUUUUACGAGAACUUCUCUGUUUUUGGUCAGAUUGAAAAUCUUUGAAUGGAUUAAGUUUCUUAGAAGACAUUUACAUCAAAUUCAGGAAAGUGGAGCUGGUAGAAAUUUCAUAACUGCCUCGCGUGUGAAUUCACGGCUCAUUACACAUGCAAGAGUGCAGAGAUCAAUCUGAAAUCUACAACUAGCAACGGAUUCAACUUUUGAAUAAUAAAUUCAUUAAUGGAUUCUUGGGGGGUACGCUUGACCUGGUUUGACUGUAAAGGAAGUUUCAUCUCGCAGUCGUGUAAUGACGGCUAAGAAAUGUACAAACUGAAAAAGCGUGUUGCACGGGCAAAGGUGUGGCUUGUGCUAAUCUAAACUUAUUGCUUCUUUGCCGUUCUCCUUGCCUUCAGUGUCGUAGUUGCUUAAGCUCCCAAUUGCUGUGAUCCAGAAAUUUUGCUACCAUGGUAACGUGACGUCACUGUGCUGAGGUCAUUACUUAGUGUCUUUACCCAUUCAUAAAAUGCUUCGUUCAGAGACAUGAAGAAGAUAUGAAACAAAUUUCAUCAGGGAGCACUAACUAUGAUGGUGAUGUUUGCAAGCAGAGCAUUAAAACUUUUUCUUUUUUCAAGUUUCAAUCCAUGGCCAUCUGUUGUAACAGACCGUGGGACAGUUUUAAGCCUAAAUGUAGUCUAAAACUGGACCAUUAAUUUUGGAAUUCAAUAAAUGUGAAGACAGGUUUUAGCUUUUAAAAGUAUAGUAGUAGAUAGAGUGACAUGGCCAUAGCAUUCCAGAAUAUAGUAGGAAAUUAAAAAACCAUCGAUUUUGUAUCGAAUGGUGCUCCAAAAAUGAUAGUAACCCUGUAAAACGUAAAGUAAUUUAUUGUUUGUGGGGACAAAAAUAUAUAUACAGAAGCCCAUUGCAAAGUGAAGAUCACUGAUCACUGGCGAAAGUCAACUCGGUCUUUCUGGUUACUCAUUAUAGGUUACUCAGUCUGGCUACUAUAGUGUCGGCGUAAGGUGUGGAUAAUAGAGAGCUUUAAAUUCUGAGACGAGAACGACUUCGAGUACGAGAUUUUCUCAAUACUGAGUACUGCUCACGAGCCGUGAACCAGCGUCAUUUUGGUGGCAAAACGUGAUAGCCGUCGUAAUUCUACUAAGAGUUUUAAAAGUCGUAGUGGCGGAAACAGGUCAUCAAACGUAAGAAGUUUUAUCAUUUUGCGAUCGGAAGAGGGUUUAACCUUCUUUAGUAUAAAUAACCCUACUAACAUUUUUGGUGUCUUUUUUUAGAAUACGCAUUAAAACUUUGAGUUAAAUCUCGUAUUCGUACUCGUUUUCGUCCUCAAAUCUAAAGCUAACUAAUAUAGAGAGCCGAGGACAAGAAAGCAACUC